CGCGACCAGUUCAACGGGUGCCAAGAGACGUUUUGGACGUUUGUUCACAACAGAAUCCCCAUAUACCUUGACAGUGCGACCCCAUCGAUUGCCAUUGUCAUAACAGCGUUUAACUCAGAAUUCUGCUUGGGUGGGAUAAGUGACGGGUUAACCCGACCCUACGCUGGGUACUAGAAGCGAGGAAGCCGGACGAUUCAGCCGGACCAUAGUUUUCACCUGCCAUCAUCCCACCCCCUUUCCCAGGUUUUUCCCGCCCAAUUCGCAGUCUAGGUAAGUAGCAGAUCACUGAACGAAUGUGAGAACCGCUCAUGUCACGCGAAUAAACUCCAAGACGAUCUGAAUGGUCGAAGGGCCCACUUAGUUCGAUGGUUAGUUCGGGAUGGGAUCUUGGCUGGAGUGGUCCGUGGAGCUUCUGUUUAGCUCUCUAGGCCUGUUGACCUUGGCCCUGGCCGCUCGUACCCUCAUUUCCAGUCAUGAUUCAGCCCAGGGCGGAGAGCAAGCUCCAGUCCCCAGUGUGGAUCCCUUGAGGCUUGGACGGAAAGCCUGAAGUUGAUUGCUACGUGAGGG